CAAAUUCGUCGCUAUCGAUUUUAAUAUAUCCCAGUUGUGAAAAUAACGGAUUUGGUCCUACUUCUAGGCUCUUUUGGGAGCCAUUGGAGUCAAACUUCAUCGCAAACUUAUUGGUUGGAGGUGACUUAAGGAUGGCAGAGAGGAGAGUCAGUAACGGAGAAGAAGUUGUUAUUAAUGUUUCAGAUAAAGAAGAUCCAACAGCAUCAUCUCCUUCUUUCAAUCCAUUGGCUUCACCAGAGUCAGAUGCUGGAGCUGAGAAAUCGAAACCAGUGCCGCCGUUAAGCAUUCCUCCUCCUGAAAUCUAUAAGUUCUCUGGUAGCGUUCAUAAGCCACCUAAAAUCCCAAGUCCUAGCAAUGAAGGUCUAGUUCGGAGGAAAUCUCUUUCGAGGUCAGUUUACUCCAAGUCCAAGUCAAGGUUUGGGGAACAACGGUCUUUUCGAUACGAUAAUACUAUAGAGGAAAAUGGUGGAAGAUCCCUUAGGGAACAGUUUGGUGCUCCUUCAUUUGCAAGGGGUUCUUUUGACAGGGCUUCUCCUAAUAACAAAUCGAAUAGAAGCGUUGCGUCAGCAGCACUGAGUAAAGUUGCUGAGGAGGAAAGGGAUGAAAAUGAGGAAAUCUAUAAAAGUUUAACCAUUGAUAAGGUGAACAAGCAUACCAUUUGGGGUUUGGAAGUUUGGAAAUGGUCGGUGCUUGUGAUGGUUACACUCAGCGGCAUGUUGGUGACAAAUUGGUUCAUGCAUUUUGCGGUGUUCCUCAUAGAAAGGAACUAUCUUCUUAGGAAAAAAGUGUUGUACUUUGUGCAUGGUUUGAAGAAGAAUGUUCAAGUCUUCAUUUGGUUUAGUCUGGUUCUGAUUGCUUGGAUAUGUCUGUUCGAUGAUAACGUUAAACACUCUCGUAAGACCAAGAAAUUUCUCGACUUCAUCACUUGGACUAUUGUCUCCCUUCUCGUAGGGUCAAUCCUUUUCUUGGUAAAGACGUUUGCCUUGAAAGUUCUUGCAUCAAAGUUCAACGUCAGAAACUUCUUUGAGAGAAUUCAAGAGUCUGUUUUCAACCAAUACGUUCUCCAAACUCUCUCGGGACCUCCGCUUAUAGAAGAGGCAGAGAACGUUGGGCGUGUGCCAAGCACAGGCCACCUAAGUUUCACAAGCACCAAGGAUGGAAAAGCGAAAGACAAGAAAGUGAUCGAUAUGGGAAAGGUUCACAGGAUGAAACAAGAGAAGGUCUCUGCUUGGACAAUGCGUGUUUUGAUCGAAGCCGUGGGAACUUCAGGUAUAUCUACCAUAUCCAGCACUUUAGAUGAGGUCAACAAUAAGAAAGAGCGAAAAGAUAAAGAGAUAACAAAUGAGAUGGAGGCUGUGGCUGCUGCUUAUGAAGUCUUCAACAAUGUUGCUAAACCAAAUCACAGUUACAUAGAAGAAGAUGACCUAUUGAGGUUCAUGAUUAGGGAAGAGGUAGACCUAGUACUCCCAUUAAUAGAAGACGCCGACACCGGAAAAAUCACACGCAAGACUUUUACAGAAUGGGUGGUUAAUGUUUACACAAGUCGGAAAACUAUAGGGCAUUCAUUGAACGACACAAAAACAGCGGUUAAGCAGCUAGACAAACUUAUAACUGGAAUCUUGACCGUUGUCACAUUCGUUGUUUGGUUGGUACUUCUGGAUAUAGCAUCGACCAAGCUUUUGUUGGUCUUCUCAUCACAAUUGGUGGGUCUUGCUUUCAUGAUCGGAAGCACUUGUAAGAAUAUCUUUGAAUCCUUUAUGUUCGUCUUCGUGAUGCAUCCUUAUGACGUCGGAGACCGUUGCGUUGUCGACGGUGUUAUGUUGCUGGUUGAAGAAAUAGAUCUUUUAACGACCGUGUUCCUCAAGAUUGACAACGAGAAAGUGUUCUAUCCAAACUCGGUUUUAAUAUCAAAACCGAUAAGCAACUUCUACAGAAGUCCAGAUAUGGGAGAUUAUGUCGACUUCGCCAUCGCAUUCUCAACACCCGCCGAGAAAAUCGCCAGUCUCAAGGGAAAAAUCGGAGAAUACUUGGUGGCAAACUCACAACAUUGGUAUCCAGAAGCCCAGGUGAUGGUGAGGGCGAUUGAGAAUAUGAACAAGCUGGUAUUGAAUAUACUGGUCCAGCACACCAUAAACUUCCAAGUAUACAUAGAGAAGAGUAGAAGAAGAACCGCACUGAUCAUCGCAAUCAAGGGGAUUCUCGAGGAGCUUGAGAUCGAUUACACCCUCCUUCCUCAAGAUGUUAAUCUCACUGAACACAAGACUCACAAAUGAUCCUUUCCUUCUUCUUUUUUGCAUCAAGUACCAGUAGUUUACUUCAUUUGCUUCGGUUUAAUUGAGCUGCAUUUGCUUUUGGUUU